AUCUACAGCGGGUGCAUGCCACCACAAAGAUCUCUCUCUCUACUCUACUCUACUCUGCUCUUCUCUCGCCGCAAAAUGAAGCAUAGCAGUAAAAUGUUCUCCCGCCAGUGCCUUUCCCCCACCAAAUCCACAAUAUCAUCAACCUGCCCCACAACAGUCAAUGCCACAGUCAAUGCCAGCAGAUGCCCCUUGGCCCUAAUGAUUGCCAUUGGCUGCUGCUGCUUGCUGCUCAAUACGCCAACCAUUCAGGCAUUCGAUAUUGCCACAUGCAAUGUGCCUUUGGGCAUGGAGUCGGGAGCCAUAACAGAUGCUCAAAUCACAGCAAGCUCGGCCCAUGACACGGGCUUUGUUGGUCCUCAACAUGCAAGACUGAAAACCGAUAAUAAUGGCGGUGCCUGGUGCCCCAAGCAUAUGGUAUCGAAUGCGCUCAAGGAGUAUCUGCAAAUCGAUCUGCUGCAGACGCAUGUGAUAACCGCCGUACGCACCCAGGGCAGAUUUGGCAAGGGCCAGGGCCAGGAGUAUACCGAGGCCUAUGUCCUCGAGUAUUGGCGUCCGGGCUUUGACAAAUGGCAACGCUGGAAGAACUCUCAAGGCAAGGAGAUAUUGCCGGGGAACAUCAACACUUAUAGCGAGGUGGAGAACGCCCUGCAGCCGAUUAUAUUUGCCUCAAAGAUACGCAUCUAUCCGUAUGGCCAGUACGAUCGUACAGUGUGUCUGCGUGCCGAGAUCGUUGGCUGUCCCUGGGAAGAGGGCAUCGUCUCGUACAGCAUUCCAAAGGGCGUGCAACGCGGCAUGGAAGUGGAUCUCUCCGACAAGACAUACGAUGGCAAUGAGCAGGGCGAUCGGUAUGUGGAUGGUCUGGGCCAGCUGGUGGACGGACAGAAGGGCAAGGAUAACUUCCGCACGGAUAUCCAUGGAUUUGGCAAGGGUUAUGAAUGGAUUGGCUGGCGGAAUGAUACGCCCGGUCUGAUGGGCAAACCGGUUGAAAUUGUCUUUGAAUUCGAUACGGUACGCAAUUUCAGUGCCAUCGUCCUGCACACAAACAAUAUGUUCGCCAAGGAUGUUCAGGUCUUUGUUCAUGCCAAAGUCUUCUUUAGCAUCGGUGGACGUUACUUCUCUGGCGAGCCCGUUCAGUUCUCGUAUAUGCCCGAUACCAUUAUGGAUCAUGCCAGAGAUGUGACCAUUAAGCUGCAUCAUCGUGUGGGCAAAUAUUUGAAAAUCAAUUUGUAUUUUGCCGUCAAAUGGAUAAUGCUAUCGGAGAUCAGUUUUAUAUCCGUGCCCGCCAUGGGAAAUUUCACAGACGAACAGGAGCAGCGCAACAGUAAUUCGCCCAGCCAGGCGCAGGAUACACGCGAAUAUCCAUUGCAGAGCAACGACUAUCAGCACAAUCAUGGCACAAAUAAAAUGAAUGUCGGCGCCACUGGUGCUGGCACAGGAGGCGGCAACACUGGCAACGCUGGUGGCAUAUCCACAUCCGACUCCAAGUACAGCAAUGGACCGCAAUUAAUUGCACCACGGCCCAUUGAUCAGGAGCCGAACGAUGCGAAUUUCAUUGGCGUUGUCAUUGUUGUCCUAACAACGAUAAUUAUCCUUUUGGUGGCCAUCAUCCUGUUCAUCGUAUCGCGCACCAAACGCGCCCGCGGCAGCAACGUACUCGAUGCAUUCCAAUACAGCUUCAAUCCGAACACCCUCGGCGGCAAUGUGGAUAAGCAUCGACCCAAUGGCAAUAGCAUUAAGGCCAGUGUCGAUGACAGUGAUUCCAUUGGCAAGAACAGCCUCUACCACGAGCCCUUCAAUGUCAACAUGUACACGAGCGGUGUGAAUGGCUACGCAGCGGUUAAUGAUUUACAAUGCAACAUGACGCCAGACUAUACAGAUGUACCGGAAGGUGGCUACGCGGUGCCCCACAUGCAGGACUAUAUGCCCUCGACAAAAAUGGCCAACUCCGGCGUCGGUGUGGGCGUGGGCAUGGGCGGUGGCUAUGUGAAUGUGAGGAGAACACCGCCACCACCGCUGAGCAGCAUAUUCCCCAGGCCGCCAACUGUGCCGCCGCCGCCCAUGGAGAAGUAUUAUGCCACCACGGCCAUUUUUAAGCCCAUCAAGGGCGCUGGCUCUGGCCUGAGCAGCGGUGGCAACACCAGCAACACAAACACUGUGAGCAGCGGCGGUGGCAAGAGCAGCCACAGCCACAGCAGCAGCAGCGCCAACCAGCAGCAGCAGCAGCAGCAGCAGGAGCAUAACAAUGGCAUCUACGACGAUGGCAUGGGCACCAUGAACUCCCAGUCGACGGCACCGAUGAUCAAUCCGUACAGCAGUGGACAGAGUUCGGCGGCCGCUGCAGCCGCCGCUGCUGCGGAGUUUCAGCGUGCCAGAACCUACAAUUUCCGCAGCUAUCCCGAUAAUCUCUAG